AUGGUGUCUCUUGAAGAAACCCGUCGUUCUAAUUCCUCCAUAACUCGACCUUACCCUUACUACACACCACCUUCAUCUUCUUCUUCACCUUCCAGGAGCAAACAUAUGGGUCGCUCCAUGAGAACCAUUCGUUCAAAUUUCCACCAAUCCGAUUACAGCAACGCGUGUUCCUUCACAUCCACUGAAACCCACUUUAACGAUGAAAACCUUACUGAUUCUGUUAUCGAUGUUCAUUUGCAGGAGCUCGCUACAGCUACCUGCGGGAGCAACCGUAAGCCGUUGAAAUCAGCGUCUUCUACGAUGUCCUCUGACGAUUUUCUAGAAAUUUCUCAAGCCUUCAGUGAUUUCUCGGCUUACAGUAGUGAUAUAUCGGGAGAAUUACAACGGUUGGCCACUUUCCCGGAGGAAUCGAGAGAGAAUGAUGAGAAUCGGGAGCUGCAACCGGAGCCGGAGCCUUGUGAAGGGUUUCUGCAACGGGAGAAUUUCUCAACGGAGAUAAUUGAGAGCAUUUCGCCUGAGGAUUUACAGCCGACUGUUAAGAUCUGUGUUGAUAGUCUGAGGUCGAGUUCCGUUGCCGUGAAGAGGUCGGCGGCAGCGAAGCUGAGACUGCUAGCGAAGAACCGAUCAGAUAAUCGAGCGUUAAUCGGAGAGUCCGGCGCCAUUCCGGCGUUGAUUCCACUUCUCCGGGUGUACCGAUCCUUGGACUCAAGAGCACGCCGUUACUGCGCUACUUAA